CUUCAAUUAUCAUCGUACAGAGAAUCGUUGCCUGAAAAACAUGGCCUGACCCCGAACAACAAAUCGCACAAAAUUCUCGUUAAUUCUCGUCUAGAUCGUUCAGAUUCGCGCAAUCCCUCCGUCUAUCGAGGCCGCGCGUAUUAUCGGAGGAUUCUCGGAUUCUACAGAUAUCGAGAUCCGGCACGCGCGAAAAUGCCGAUCCAAAAGGUUAAAGCUCGACAGAUAUUCGACUCGAGAGGGGAGCCAACGUUGGAGAUCGACAUAAUCACGGACGUCGGGCUGCUGAGGUCGUCGGUACCGUCUGUUCUUGUGCCGAGCCCCAAUCAGGCCCAGGAGAUAAGGGAUGGGAACGAGGCGAUGUACCACGGCCGUUCCGUCUUCCGCGCCGUCGACGUGAUCAACAACAUAAUCGCGCCGCAGCUACUGAAAUCGCGGCUGGAGGCUUGUCAGCAAAUGGAGAUAGACAGCUUGCUGAACAGGCUGGACGGCACCGAGAACAAAUCGAAGCUCGGCGCCAACGCCAUACUCGGCGUAUCCGUCGCCUGUUGCAAAGCCGGCGCCGCCAAGAAGGGACUUCCGGUUUACAGGUACAUCGCAGAAUUAGCUGAGAAUGCGGAACUGUACAUUCCAGUUCCCUGUUUCAACAUGAUCAGCGGGGGAAGGCACGCCGGCAACACGAUACCUUGUCAAGAAUUUAUGAUUUUGCCCAUAGGAGCUGAAAGCUUCGCCGACGCGAUGAAAAUGGGGACGGAAGUGUACAAAGUGUUGGAGAAGAAAAUCGCGGCGGCGCAGGAAAUAAAUCUGCCGCUUUCGGUCAGCGACGAAGGCGCGUUCGCGCCUGAGUUCGAGGAAGACCGAGAGGCGCUUCUGCUUCUGGACGAGUCCAUCAAGGACGCGGGAUACGACGGGAGAAUCAUGAUAGCGAUAGAUAUGGCGGCCAGUGCCUUUUACAAAGAAGGUGGAUACGAUCUCGGCUUCAAAACGGAGGAGUCCGAUCCCGACGACUACAUGGAAGCGGAAACCCUGAAGGAUCAGUAUUUAGAAUACCUGGCGGAAUUCCCGUCUAUAGUGUCGAUCGAGGACCCGUUCGACCAGGAGGACUGGGAAGGCUGGCUGACGAUAGCCGACCAGGACAUCCAGAUCGUCGCCGACGAUCUGACGGCGAUGAACAUCGAACGGAUCGAGGAGGCGAUUGAAAGGCAAAUGGCGAACGCCAUUAUACUGCGUAUGUCGCAGGUCGGAACGGUGACGGAGGCGAUCAACUGCGCGAAGAUAGCGAGGAUCAGCGACUGGGGUUAUAUCGUGACGGCCUGCCAGGCGGAGACGGAGGACAAUUUCGUUUCGGAUCUGGCGGUCGGAUUGUCCGCCGGCCAAUUCAAAGCCGGCGCGCCUUGCAGGUCCGAGAGGACUGCCAAGUAUAAUCAACUGUUGAGAAUCGAGGAGGAACUUGGAAAGGACGCGAAAUACGCCGGACGAAAUUACAGGAAUCCGUUGGCUAAAUAGUACCCGAAAUGCUGAUCUAAUUACGAGCUCUGGGUCUUCGUUACACUGAGAUACUCAUCGACAAUUCCGCAAAACAAAAGAGGACCGAUCUGACUGCGUUAAAAGAUUAUCCGACAAUUGAGCGAACAUUUUUCUGCAGAAUAAUAAAAGUCACUCCAGCAUGAACUUAUUAAUGAAAAAGUUUUGCUGUUGCAAAUUUCUUUCUGUUGCAUACUAUCCAUCAAUUAAAUUGCACGAUUUUGUAAA